AUGGCGGCAGUGCAAGGAGCCCCCGGUAGCAAGCAAUGGCCAACGCGGCCCGGCGUACAGCAUCAAAACAGUCAAAAUGCUGUGAGUUUAACGUUAAAUAGAACAAUAAAUUUGUACCCGUUAACAAAUUACACAUUUGGUACGAAAGAGCCCCUGUUUGAGAAAGAUGCCUCUGUCCCGGCGAGAUUUCAAAGAAUGCGUGAAGAAUUUGCCAAAAUUGGUAUGAGAAGGUCGGUAGAAGGUGUUCUCCUUGUACACGAACAUGGGUUACCACAUGUACUGUUGCUGCAACUCGGCACUGCAUUUUUCAAAUUGCCUGGUGGAGAACUAAACCCUGGAGAGGAUGAAAUAGAAGGUCUGAAGAGACUGUUGACUGAGACUCUGGGAAGACAAGAUGGGGUCAAACAGGACUGGCUUAUAGAGGAUACUAUUGGUAAUUGGUGGAGGCCUAACUUUGAACCUCCGCAGUACCCCUACAUACCGCCUCACAUAACUAAGCCGAAGGAGCACAAAAGGCUAUUUCUAGUACAAUUACAAGACAGAGCCCUAUUUGCCGUACCAAAGAACUAUAAAUUAGUAGCGGCACCACUGUUUGAAUUAAGUUUUAUUAUCAAUCCGAUCGAGUCGAUAGCUAUGAGAUUUCUCGCAAUAAUAUGCCUUUGUAAUUUUGUUAGUGCAAAUCUAUGGAAGAAUGGAGUCGUGCAUUAUUACAUAAAUAAUAAGGAUUACGAUCCACAUUCCCAAGAUGUUAUAAUUAACACGCUGUCUAAUCUCCAGAGUGAAAUUUGCGUGAAGUUCUUUUUCACGCCGUAUUACAAUUCGAGCGACGAGAAGGUGUUGUAUAUAAGUAAUCCAAAGAAAAAUAAAUUUUGUUCGCCGCUGCAGUAUGAUUUUAGUAAAACAGUUGUUGAUAUGCAAAUAGGUUAUAAGUGUAUAAAUGAAAAGGACAUAGCUCGGAUCGUAGUGGAGAUGCUGAAAGCAAGUAUCAAUCCGUAUGGUACAUCCAUUAACAGCUUUGAUUUGAUCAAGAAGUUUGAUGAAACGGAAUCGAAUCUACACCCCUCUCUAAUAUCCAAUAAAGACCGUAAUUACAUAAAUCAACACUAUCAAAAACAUUGUGAGUUGGUAUCUCAACCUGUGGUAAUACAAAGGAGAACUGAAAAAGAUUCUUCACAAUUGAGUGAUAAGAACAUGGAAUAUUAUAACAAUAAGUUGUGGCCGUUGGGAAUGGUUUUGUAUGGAGUAGAAGAAUAUUUGAAAAAUACUACAGAUUAUAGACUCUUAAAACAAUCAAUGGCGGUGUUAGAACUGUCCUCAUGUGUGGUGUUCCAAGAGUUCGUGCCUGAUGAUCAGCUACUCGCGAAGAGUUACCUUUGGUUUGGUGAUGAAGGGAACGAGAUGCCAAACCUUGGUUUUUUUGAAGGUAAACAGCAAUUAAAGCUCUCUUCCUUUGUUCGAGGCGGUCCCGGACACGCAGCGCACGUGACCAACAACUUGAUAAGAGCUUUGGGCAUAAAUAUGAUGUCAAAUAGAUUCGAUAGGGAUAAUUAUGUCAUUAUCAACUGGGGGCAUGUUGAAAAGGGAAAAGAACAGUACCUGGAAAAAGCGCCAGAAUCUGCAUGGCUCAGAAACAUUCCAUACGAUUUUGAAAGUAUAACUCAUGCACCCGCGAACUAUAUGUGUCGCGACUGUGGGCUUGGAGCCACCACUGUACAGCCUAUACAGGACCAUCUCUGGCAACGUACCAUAUCGAUGGGGCACGCGACAGAGUUGACCGCUUCGGAUAAACUACAUAUAAAUGUGUUAUACGAUAAACAGUGUAUGAAUAGAUAUUUAAGUAAA